AUGGCCGAUCAAUCGCCUCCUCUUCUGCGUCCCCGUCCUCGUCGUCCGUUCGAGCUCACACCCAUGUCGCCGACGGCUGGCAAUUCUCCCGAUGGCCGUGACACUCCGGAAACCCAAUCUCCCGGAGCCGACGAGUCAGGCCUUCCGCCCUCUCGUACUCGCUCGUUCCUCAACCUGACCACCUCGACUCUCUUCGGCAUCUACUCUCCGGCCGGCUUCUCGACCGAUCGCGAUGAGACACCCUGGGGCACCGGUGCCCAAACCCCCAUCGAUAGCAAGGGUAUGAACAUGGCUGAUAUCGACGGCAACGUCGACGACGCCCUGAUGAUGAGAAGUAAGAAGAGAAGGGGCAGCAUGCUCGAGGCCUCGACACGGCGUGUACAACGGCCCAAGAAGAAGACUUUCAAGAACUGGUUCCUGCCCAUGGUGGGCAAGAAUGUCGUCUUGGGUCUUGCUGGCAUUGCAUAUGGCCAGUUGAUUGCACAUUUGCAUGAUAGAAAGACUUUGGUGCCUGUGCAGGUUGAAGGUAUGCCCUCAGAGUCAUGGGCAUACAUUGCCUAUUGGUGUUUCAGUGGUAUUGCUUUGGGCCAGGCUUUGCCUUGGGUCGACUCGAUCUGGAUGAGCGAUGGUAGUGGUGAGACUGAGGCAGACAGGGAGUACAGGACUUCUGGAAACUUGCAUAGCGCUCAGGACAGGCGUACCCGCAGCCAAACCUGGACUCCUGGUUGGAAUGAGGUUGUCAGAUUCAUUGGUGCCGCCGUGGGCAUUGUGUUCGCUAUUGUAAGCUCCCUUCUUCACUCGUUCUUUUUGUUUCUUCUGCAUCAGUCGCUGACCUGUCCUACANNGCGCCGCCUGCCAUGGCAAUCACCUCUCCAACUCAGCCUUACCCUCGCUCUCGCAAACCCAGCUAUCUGGUACCUCCUCGACCGCACAGGCCCCUGCUUCAUCCUCGCUACCACCGUCGCUCUCACAGGCACUGGUCUCCUCCUCUCCAUCAACCCCGACCUUAUCCCUUCGCCUCACGCUUCAAACAUCCACUCCUUCUCCAGCGUAGCCAAUGCAACAGCAAAUGCCAUCAGAGGACAAGAUCUGGUGCUGGGCACUUUUACACUCGAAAGUGUAGGUGUGGCUACCUGGAUUGCUAGUGUGUUGUUUGUCAGUGCUAUUGCUUUUGGAAACAUCGGACGCAGAUUGUAG